AUAGCUAGCACAACUGCGCAAUCAGAUCUCGUGCUACGGGGGACCCUGAGACAGCGGAGACCGACAGCUGCUUAUACGCACAGGCACCAUGGCUGGAUUCUGGAUCGACUUUGAAUCGCAGGAUAUCUUAUGCGAGAUGUGCUUCGGCCUGAGCCACUCGCAGAAUCUAUCGGCUGGUUCAAUCGCCAUGUGUGAUCCAGAGGGACAAGGAGAGAACGCCCCUAACAGGCUGUCCAACAGAGAUGCCAUCCAGCUGCCCGACGAGCUCUCCCUGAGCGACUCAGACCCAGACGACACCUUCACGCCCUUCGGCCAGCGGGUGGAGGACCUGUCAUCGUCUUCUGACGAGGAUGAAGCCAGAGGUCAUCGACAGCCAGGGGUCCCGCCGCCGACUCUGCCACCACCGCUGCCGCCGUCGGGCCGAGGCGAGAGUGUGUUCCAGCUGCGCGGCGGCAGCCUGGGAUUCUCGGACCGCAGCCGCAGCAUCGAAACCUGGAGCGCCCGUGAAGCUGGCAGCGGACACGUUAAGCUGCGCCCCGCGCCACCCUCACCCCCGCCACUCUCCCGCGGCGGCAGGAAGAGCGGAGGGUCGCCCGGCCGGGCGGCCCCCAAACAGCCGCCGCCUCCGCAGACCGCGCCGGUAGCGGCAAGCAAGGUGCCCGACUACCUGGCCCACCCUGAGCGCUGGACGCGCUACAGCCUGGAGGACGUGCCCGAGACCAGCGACCGGCGGAACAGCCAGGUGGCGCACCAACUCAUCCAGGGCCUCCAGGACACGCGCCGGAGGAGCCAGGAGGACCGCGACGAGUCCUUCAUGCCCUCCUUCAACCAGUCCCAGGGCUCUGGAGACCAGCACAAGAUCCUCUUCUCCAAGCCCCGCCUGGGCUCCAGGGAGGAGGGGGGGAAGGCUGGCCGCCAGAGGAAGGCCGGAGUGGGGCUGCUGCACCUAGACGAGGCCCAGGAUGAGGAGGAAGGCGCUAGGCCCGACAGGUCUCGUCACGGUCACCCGCGCAAGGAGGACCGGAAGAGGAAGUGGGCUCCCAAUAAGGAGUGGGGGGACGAGGACGACCCCGAGGAGGAGCCGGAGAAACCAACCAGCGUCGCUUUCAGCAUCAGCAGCAAGAAGGUGAACCGCAAGCACUUCCGCAAAAUGGCCGAACAGCAGCCUCAGGAGGAGGAAGAGGAGGAUUAACACCUUCCUCCAGACGCCACAUAAGUACCUAGCCCUAAACAGCAUGAGACUUUAGCCAGUAUGAAAUCCCAUCCAGUUUCCCAGGAGACAGAAAGUGUUUCCUAAUGUUAAAGUUCGGCGCCUCUGUGUCAUGUUUAGAUUAGUGUAAGUGUGAGCACCAGUGUUACCGUCACACCCUCCCAUUUGCCGUAUUUAUCAGUGUUUGUAAUUGAAUACCAAAUGUCAUGGAAAAAAAAACCCUAAUCUCAUCAAGUCAUGCAUUUAGGAUAGUUGGACAUUGACGUGAAACAAAUUACUCAUGGCCCCAAAAAACGUUUGUUACUAUAACGCUGCCACCACAUCAAGGCCAGUUAUAGGCCCGUGUAUUUGAUACUGGAAUACGACAUAUUCCAGUGUACUCGGUGUAACAGGUUUGCAGGCCUGCACAGAAGCACACUACCUUUCCAUACUAGUACAUACAUGGGGAGAGUCACCCAGCGGGUUCCAGGUGCUCCACAGACCAUGCUGAUUUAGAGAAGUGUAUUGUUAGUAAGGGUCAAGCAUUGAUGCUGUAGAUGCCGUCAUGCAUGAAGUCUCCCGUUUCCCACCAUUGUUUUUCACCCCUUGAACUUCCAUGGCUGUGCACAGACAGUGUGGUGAUGAACCGUGUGACAAAAUAGUCCAGAAAUGACGUCCUGAGGAAUGGUCUUAUCUGUGAAGUGUUUGUAUAGAGUGGUUUUUUUUUUUUGUUUUUUGUUUUUUUGUUUUUUUGUCAGGUUACAUGGAUACAUCCCUGUAGAAGUUAAACUUAAAAGUGUUCAUUUGUUUUGCAUAAGAUAACAGAAGCCUAUGCACAGGCAAUGGUGUGAUAAGCUGUGUGGUACAAUAGUGCAUUCCUUGUAGACGUGUUUAUUUGGUUUACAUAGGAGACAACAGAACCCAGUGGGGAAUGAACAGAGAACUGUGCUGAUAUUCAAUGCAAUAAAAUAUUUUCCUCAUCCAAAA